AUGCAAUAUCCGCAGCCGUUUCUGGCGCUGCUGUCGCUGUGCCUCGUCUACUCGAAUAUCGCCCUUGCCAAAGACAUCACUACCGUCCCAAUCUACCUUCCGCACUACGAUGCCAAGAGCUGGUCGCUGGUGCGGGGCAGCGUAAUUUCAAGUAAUGAUAAAGAAACAACAUAUACCAUUUUCUGUGCGCCGCAAACGCCUCCAAACUGCGAUCUUGCCCUCGAGUUCCCCUUCAUUUUUGUCGAGGGUCAACAGACACUCCAGUUCCACGGCACCAAGACGUCAACCCUGAUUGCCGACCUUGGUUGCACACUGGGCGGAACGACAGCCGCAACGUGCUCUGGCUACUCAAGCCUCAAAAGCGGCUACUCGAAUGGCCUCUACACAGGGCCGACCGAAGUCUCGUGGACUUCGUCCCUGUCCGGCUCCGAAGUGCAAUGGGGCGUCCUAACCAUUGCCGACAAGCCCCAGAAGACGCAUGCCCUCCCUACUCCUGAUCCCACCGAUGGUACAAAUUACGAUGACUUUCUCUACACCGGCACCAUAUCCUCCUCGAUGCCUGCCGAGACGAACCCUAGCGCCGCGUCUCGCGUUGAACUUCGCUGGACUCUGGCCGCGUCGUUAUGCAGCAUGUUUAUUGCCGGUCUAAUGGCAUGA